AAAAACGAAAAGGCUAGCUAUAGAAACCAAGGCAAUGAGCUCAAACACGUGCAUAUUCUGUUUGGAUGAGCAGCGCAGUCCGCACUGGAUCCCAUGUGGCCAUUCAUUUUGCACCGAGUGUUUCCAACGAUUCCUGCAACUGAGCGCCGACUAUCGUUGUCCGCUAUGCCGUAGCGAGUUUCAGCCCAAUCUCAUCGAAGAGAACUGCACAUUGCUUUUAACCGAUAUUAACAUUGAAACGGAUACCUUAGUGCUGAACCUAACGGAGGAGGAGUUUCGGCUUUUCGAGGAGAUGUUUCGUGAGGUGCAAUGCGAGCGAGAGAGGCGGGCAGAAGCGAUGGCCACCAUUACUGGGACAGGAGCUGGAUCAGGAGGCGCAACAGGAGCGACGACGACGACGACGACUACGACGACGGAUGGCUUUGCGACUCGCCUAUAUUCCUUGGGCUGAGAUUACAGGUUAUGCCGCUUAUACGGUUCAUUCUAUUGUUAAGUAUUGUUAUGUACAUUCUAUGUAUAUUUAUUAUUCACACUUGCAUAUUCUCCAACACAUUAUCUUAAUAAACAAAAGACUCUGGGGUUUUCCUGACAAA